UCUCAUUCUCUCCCCCCGGCCGCAGGUUGCUCUGCUCCCAUCACCACAAAGCAAAACCCCAAAGAAAGACACCCACCUAUUUAUCUCGCGCUCCGCUCCUCUCCACACUACCGCGAAUUGCCAAUGAUAGUGAUACUUGCAGAACCCAUCCUUCUCGGAGCGAUCUGUCGAUGGCCGAGGCCAAGCGCAUGCACGAGCAGACCACCGGGUGCCUCCCCGUCGACCAGUCCUGCUUCGCGCUCUCCCGGCUGUCCAACGCGUACCGCCCCACCCGCAACAACGACCCGGCCUGCUGCUCCACAACGUCCUACCUUGAGGUCCUCGGCAUCUCAUUCGCGACGCUGCUCAUCAUCCUCUUCGUGCUCUGCAUGAUACGGUGCUACCUCAUGCGGCGGGCCGUGAACCGGGUCACGGUGGGGGCCGCAACGUCGACAGGCGCGGGGGCGCCCGUGGUGGUCAAGAAGCGGCCCACCGGCCUCAGCGACGACGCCAUCGCCGCGCUGCCCAAGUUCGAGUACCGACACACGGCCGACGAGAGUGAUCGGUGGGAGUGCUCGAUAUGCCUCUGCACCAUGGCCGACGGCGAGGUGGCCAGGCAACUACCUAGAUGCACGCACCUCUUCCACAGGGCGUGCGUCGACAUGUGGCUCACGGCGCACACCACAUGUCCGGUGUGCCGAGCCGAGGUGGUCAAGCCGACGGACAACGACGACAGCUGCGCCAAGACGCCGGCGGCCGAGGCCGGCCCGUCGGGGCCGGCUAGGUUGGAGGAUGGCCAGAGGGAUUUGGAGGCGCAGUUAUAGCGUGAGAGGCGCAUGCGCUUGCUCCCCGGGUUGUGUAGGUGUAUAUUUUCUAUUUUGGCGACCCUUUAGGUAGGUGAUUUUGAGCCAUUUGAUUUUAUUCAAUGGGGUUUCAGUAUAAUAAGAAUAACAGGAGGAGAGAAGAUAGUGAUUUUUAGUAUUUCUUUUACUACAAAAAUGAUGCUGGUAUUCAAACGGUUGCUGAAAAAAGGAAACGCACAAAAACAGCUAAAUCGUAGAAAAAUAGAUGUUGGAGAGAUGAUUGUGCAUUAGACAUUUUUAGAUAUAAUAUCUUCACUUUAUAGAUUACCAACAUUCAAUGGAAUGCAAAGAAAGUUCGGAUAAGUGACCAAUAUUUAAGCAGCCUACCGAGGGACCUCCGAGAGUAACUAGUUAACGAGCGCUCCUUCGGGAGCCUUGCAACGA